AUGAGCCCCUGUUCAGCUUUAGUCUGUUGCAUAACGGGCACGAAUCCCUUCCAGCAAAUUUUUCCUUCGAAAUUACAGGUCGACUCACACCAAAGGACUAGAGAAUUCUUCGAAAUCCAGCUUCUGCUCAUACUUGUCGUAUCUCCUAUGGCCUAUGUCUGAGCCGCUGAUUUCUGUUUAUCUCCACCGCCAGAUGGUCAUUUUACUUCCCUCGACGCGGACAUUGACAGUCCUCCAUACCCCUUGUUCCAGGCCCAGGAAUUAUCACAGGUCUGUUCAUCUAGAAGCGUCGCAAUCGAACCUCCAGCUUGUGAAGCGUCCCAGCUCACCUUUGAACAGCCGAGUUCUCCGCCCAAAACUUUAAGCUCGCAUGCUCUUUUGCCUCGGCACCACAGCGCCAAUACAUUUUUCAGUGGACAGACUUCUGGAAGCCUCUCAGAGUUAAGGAAGCUGUCGUUGCCUCCUCACCCGUCUCAAGCGUCGCUAACGCCGCAGCCUUUGUCAGGUACGCCACUUCUUGUCCACUUCUUGCCCGCUUGUCAACCAAUCUCAGAAGAGGAGUCGCUAGCUCUACCAGGAGGGCCACUGGUCACCACUUCGCCCCGGCCCACUAUCAAUUUGGCUACGUCUGAAUUAGACUCUCGAGAGCCGACAUUUACAACUACUGGAAGUUUUAGUGAGGCAGGGCAGCCGCGCGAUAAUUCAGAAGGCGGAAAUCAGGCCUUGAAUUCACUUACAUAUCCGAGCAGCCAGAAUCCUUAUCACCUAGACAUUGGACGUCUUCUUCGAGGUUAG